AUGACGUCGCCGAUCGCAAACUCUCAUGACCCCGACUUCCUCUAUGCAGUGCAUCAAGCAGGUCAUCCAAGUCCCCAGAUGCCGAGUCACAGCAACAACGAGGUCGCAUCGAUCGAGAACUAUGGCUACAAUCGUACCCGAGACGGUUCCGAGGAGGAUCUCUUUCGAGGCUUCAACAGCUACCGUGUGAGCGGUGUGCGCAACCAUGAGUUCAAGACUUAUCUGGUGGACGGAAAGAUCGAGAAACCUUGGACUGCGGACAAGAAAUACAAAGCGCCUCGCAAGGGCAAUUGGUAUAUCCUCGGAGGCCUUCUCCUUGCGAUAGCUGUCAGCGCUGUUGUGAACUGGAGGAUCGCGGUCGGCGUUCCCAACCACGAGUAUUGUCUAGUCUUGGACGAUUCCUUCAGCACUCUCGAUAAAUCUAUCUGGAGUCAUCAAGUCCAACUUGACGGCUUUGGUACGGGCUCAUUCGACUGGACAACGACUGACGGCCGAAACGCCUUUACUGACGGAGAUGGACUUCACAUCGUUCCCACUUUCACAACCGCCACAACCGAUAUUACUGAAGGCCAACUACACAAUGGUUAUCAUCUGAACUUGGGCGAGUCAAAACAUGGUGACGGAUCAUGCACAGCCAACAUAACUGCCCAAUACUAUGCCGAUGAAUGCAGCAGGACCUCCAACAUUUCCUCCCACACGAUCAUAAACCCCGUGAGGUCGGCACGCCUGACUACGCAAGGUGCAAAAUCGAUCCAGUAUGGUCGCGUUGAAGUCGUGGCCAAGGUGCCAAAGGGCGAUUGGCUCUGGCCGGCAAUCUGGAUGAUGCCCGAAGAUUCUGUAUAUGGAAUCUGGCCGCUGAGUGGCGAGAUUGAUAUCAUGGAAAGUCGCGGUAACGCACGUGGCUACCGAAACGGCGGAAGAGAGACAGUCUCAAGCACGAUCCAUUGGGGUACCUCGUGGAAGACCGACAACUUCUUCAGAACCACACAAAAGUACAAAAAACAAAGAACAGACUAUUCCGAAGGUUUCCAUACCUUCGGUCUGGAGUGGUCAAAAGAUUACCUUUACACAUGGGUCGACAAUCGACUUCAGCAAAUUCUCUACGUCGACUUCACGAAACAGGAUUUCUGGCAACGCGGCCAUUUCCAAGGUGACUUCGAGAACGGGACGCAACUCACGAAUCCUUGGUUCAUUUCUCCUAACAAAAAUGCACCUUUCGAUCAAAAGUUCUACCUGAUUCUCAAUGUUGCGGUUGGGAGUCGCAAUGGCUGGUUCGCGGACGGAGUUGGUAGCAAGCCAUGGGUUGACGGAAGAGACUCUGCAGCCUCUGACUUCUACGGCGCCCGAUCGGAGUGGGAGCCGAGCUGGGGAACGGGAAACGAACGCGGUCUGACGGUCAAGAAUGUCAAAAUGUGGCAGCAAGUCACAAUUGAGAAUGAGUUGGAGGGAGUGGCUCACACCUUGUAUAAGACAAAGAACAAUGACAAUGCCCAAGUCGUCUCCGGCACGGUGACUGCAUCAAAACAAAGGAUGUGGCGGUUACUGUACUUGUUUUUGCUGUUUAUCCGCGUCUAUUUUGCCGUGUCGCCCAGUUAUCUUCACCCGGAUGAGAUCUUUCAGGGGCCAGAACCCAUUGCUGGAUAUUUGUUCCCGUAUCCGACUCGUCCAACAUGGGAAUGGACGUCUUCGCGCCCCAUCCGUAGUGUCUUUCCACUAUGGCCAAUAUAUGGGUUGCCCAUGACCCUCCUGAAAUGGACCUGGGCUCAGGAAGAUGAAGGCGAUCGCGUCGAUCCCACUAUCCUCUAUUAUACUCUUCGCCUGGUUAUGUUUGUUCUCAGUUUCGUGCUGGAGGACUGGGCUGUUCAUGAAUUAGUCCGCUCCCCUCGACGCUGGAUCCAGGCCGUGAUUUUGGUCACUUCUUCAUAUGUGACUUGGACCUUUCAAACACACACCUUUUCGAACUCUAUUGAGACACUUCUGGUUUUAUGGAGCCUAGUGAUGAUAGAGCGCGUUUUGCGCGACAAGAAGCGGUCCGCAAUCGCGUCGAGCGCUGUCCUAGGAUUUCUUUUUGUAUUCGGAAUCUUCAAUCGGGUUACUUUUCCCGCCUUCGUUGUGAUACCCGGCAUUCAACUCUUGCCACAUUUUUGGAAUAGACCUUUCUGCUUUCUGGCCCUCACACUUUCCGGCCUUUUCUGGACAUUAAUCGCCAUCAUCACCGAUACGGCUUACUAUUCUGGGCCGUCAGCCACGAGGUCUUUCAGUGCACUCUACGACUGUGUCUGGAAGAAUCCAGUAAUCACUCCGCUCAAUAAUCUCCUGUACAAUACGCAGACCAGCAAUCUUGCACAGCACGGUCUCCAUCCGCAUUAUCAACAUCUUCUGAUCAACCUUCCUCAACUUCUCGGACCAGCGUUAAUCAUCCUAAUUGCUUCUGCCUACCCGUUCAAUCUCCGCAUCCUGAAAAGCAUGCUCACCAACAAUCGCCUCGCCUCUGCGGGUGCAGGUUGUCUUUUACUCAGCUUUAUCCCACACCAAGAACCCCGCUUCCUCCUACCCGCCGUGCCUCUGGUCCUGACGAGCAUUCGGGCCCCAUCCUCGAAAGCAUGGUCGGUUGUGUUCUGGACCAGUUGGGUGAUCUUUAAUGCCCUGUUCGCAAUCCUCAUGGGUGUCUAUCACCAAGGCGGAAUCAUUCCAGCGCAGCUGGCCAUGCCUUCCCUGGUAAUACACUCAUUGAACACAACCCAUUCUGACGCACAUAAUGUUGAAGUCUUUUGGUGGAAGACCUACCCGCCGCCGACCUUCCUUCUCGGCUCUGAACCGGCGCACCCUGCAACCAACAGGUCCCUGAAUAUCUCCACUGUUCCGCUGAUGGGCUAUCCUCAAAACGAAUUGAUCUUCAUGCUCAUGCAACACAUGCCGACCUGCGACCCAUCACUUUUAGAACGAUUAAUCUUGCACAAAGAGAAGACGGAUGUCUAUGUGGUGGCGCCACUCAGCGCAUGGCGUCUCGAUGCUUCCAAUACCCGCCCAGGUUCAGCCAAGCAGACUCCUGCCCAAGCACCCGUCUUCGACUAUCCACCGGUUUCCAAUUUCAGUUUCGCAAUCGAUAUGAACGUCCCACCUGCGCAGCUGAGUUUAACCAAUCUAGCCGUGUUCCGCCGGCAUUUGAAUCUGGACGACUUAGAUUUUGGGGACGACGGGGUGUGGCCGACGUUGGAGAGAGUCGUGGGAAGGCGAGGACUCGGCGUCUGGAGGGUCGACCGUAUCUGCGGCCCGGUGGAGUAUGUUGACGCACAUACGGGGAGGAAAGCAACUCUCAGGGACGUGGAGAAAAACGAGGCACGUGAGGAGUCUGUUGUGCCAAGCGCAGACCCGACUCCGUUCCCAUCCUCAGGAGUCAGAGAGGUGUCGAGUUCGACUUUGGUCGCGUCUGGAGGCGAUGAGGAGAGGAGGAUCAUCAGUACAACCACAGUGCGAGCAGAUAUUCCGACCCAGGACUCGAGCAAGGGGCUGUGA